AUGUGUAUACAAAAAGGGGCCUCUGUCAAUAGUAGGGAGCUUACAAGGAGAACCGCGCUCCACGCUGCCGCAUUCCACAACUAUGAGGAAAUAACGGAAGCCCUUGUCGUCAAUGGUGCGAGUUGGUUCCUAGAAGACAGCAUUGGCUCUACACCAAUAGACUUGGCUGUAAGACAUGGGCUAAAGGCGCUGAACUUAGUACAACGAUACAUUUCCGACUACAGUUUCGUUAUUCGAAAAAGACCAUCACUCCUCGAGGACACAAGCAGGAAUAAAAGUGCAGCUACCGCGCAGAAGAUUAGAAAGGCUCUUUCUGGACGGUGGGAAGGUUCAUAUGAGUACUUGAGCUGGUUCAAGGGGAGAAUUGAUGAGUUCGCGAUUGAGAUCUCUGAACCGGAGCUGGUCUUGGCCUCAUCAACUACGUUCGAAGAGGAAAACUAUGAUAUCGCGGGAGCCUUUAAGAUCAUGGGGUUUGUCGAUGAAAAAGGUAUCGUUUGGUUUGUAAAGCUAUACGAAAGACACGGAUGGCUGUACCGCGGCCAAUUGGAUGAAAGCCUGAAAACUUUCAAAGGUACUUGGGGCAAGAAUCGAAAGCUUUGGCAAGGAACUUUCGUCCUGCAUCUUGUUUCAUGA